GCGGCUCCGGCCCGGCUCCCAGGCGGGAGUCGUGAGGCGUGGCUGGGUGGAGGAGGCGCUUGGGGGGCGUGUGGCUCCCCGGCGGGCGGGAGGACCAAGCGAGCCGCGCCGGACAAUAAGCUGGGCGGCUCGACGCUGCGGCCACUUUUAGGGGGGGCGCGAGGCGGCCGGUGCCUCCGCGGCUCAGAGGCCCCACCUGCAAGGAGAGGGCGGGAUGCCAGAGCCAGGUGUCCCGGCGCCCUGAGGCCCCUCGCAGCCCUGCGGCCCUGAACUGGUUCUCGCAUUAACAGUAGGCUACCUGGAGGCUUUGGCUGGGACGUUUUUCUUUUUUUUGGUGGGGAGCCCUCGGAGCAGCCGUGAUGGCCAGCACCAGGAGUAUUGAGCUGGAGCACUUUGAGGAACGGGACAAAAGGCCGCGGCCGGGGUCGCGGCGAGGGGCGCCCGGCUCCUCCGGGGGCAGCAGCAGCUCGGGCCCCAAGGGAAACGGGCUCAUCCCCAGCCCGGCGCACAGUGCCCACUGCAGCUUCUACCGCACGCGGACCCUGCAGGCCCUGAGCUCGGAGAAGAAGGCCAAGAAGGCGCGCUUCUACCGGAAUGGGGACCGCUACUUCAAGGGCCUGGUGUUUGCCAUCUCCAGCGACCGCUUCCGGUCCUUCGACGCGCUGCUCAUGGAGCUCACUCGCUCGCUGUCGGACAACGUGAACCUGCCCCAGGGCGUUCGUACCAUCUACACCAUCGACGGCAGCAGGAAGGUCACCAGCCUGGACGAGCUGCUGGAAGGUGAGAGUUACGUGUGUGCAUCGAACGAACCAUUUCGUAAAGUUGAUUACACCAAAAAUAUUAAUCCGAACUGGUCUGUAAACAUCAAGGGUGGGACAACCCGAGCCUUGGCUGCUCCCUCCUCUGUGAAAAGUGAAGUGAAGGAAAGUAAAGAUUUCAUCAAACCCAAAUUAGUGACCGUGAUUCGAAGUGGAGUGAAGCCUAGAAAAGCCGUGCGGAUCCUUCUAAAUAAGAAGACUGCUCAUUCCUUUGAGCAGGUCUUAACAGAUAUCACCGAAGCCAUUAAACUAGACUCAGGAGUGGUCAAGAGGCUCUGCACACUGGAUGGAAAGCAGGUUACUUGUCUACAAGACUUUUUUGGUGAUGACGAUGUUUUUAUUGCAUGUGGACCUGAAAAAUUCCGUUAUGCCCAAGAUGACUUUGUCCUGGAUCACAGUGAAUGCCGUGUCUUGAAGUCAUCUUAUUCUCGCUCCUCAGCUGUUAAGUACUCUGGAUCCAAAAGCCCUGGGCCGUCUCGACGCAGCAAAUCACCAGCUUCAGUAAAGAGGGGUGGCCACUACUCCAGUGUCUAUUCUACAACCAAAUCCCCAGUUAAUGGAACUCCUAGCAGCCAGCUUUCUACUCCUAAAUCUACGAAAUCCUCCAGUUCCUCUCCAACUAGCCCAGGAAGUUUCAGAGGAUCAAAGCAGAUUUCUGCACAGGGCAGAUCUUCUUCCAAUGUAAAUGGUGGACCUGAACUUGAUCGUUGCAUGAGUCCUGAAGGUGUGAAUGGAAACAGGUGCUCUGAAUCAUCAACUCUUCUUGAGAAAUACAAAAUUGGGAAGGUUAUUGGUGAUGGCAAUUUUGCCGUAGUCAAAGAGUGCAUGGACAGGUCCACUGGAAAGGAGUUUGCCCUAAAGAUUAUAGACAAAGCCAAAUGUUGUGGAAAGGAGCACCUGAUUGAGAAUGAAGUGUCAAUACUGCGCCGAGUGAAACAUCCAAAUAUCAUCAUGCUGGUUGAGGAGAUGGAAACAGCUACUGAGCUCUUUCUGGUGAUGGAAUUGGUCAAAGGGGGAGAUCUCUUUGAUGCAAUUACCUCUUCCACCAAGUACACUGAGAGAGACGGCAGCGCCAUGGUGUACAACCUGGCCAAUGCCCUCAGGUAUCUCCAUGGCCUCAGCAUUGUGCACAGAGACAUCAAGCCAGAGAACCUCUUGGUGUGUGAAUAUCCCGAUGGCACCAAGUCUUUGAAACUGGGAGACUUUGGGCUGGCCACUGUGGUGGAAGGUCCUUUGUACACAGUCUGUGGCACACCAACUUACGUGGCUCCAGAAAUCAUUGCUGAAACUGGCUAUGGCCUGAAGGUGGACAUUUGGGCAGCAGGCGUGAUCACGUACAUCCUUCUCUGUGGAUUCCCACCAUUCCGAAGUGAAAACAAUCUCCAGGAAGAUCUCUUCGACCAGAUCUUGGCUGGGAAGCUGGAGUUUCCGGCCCCCUACUGGGAUAACAUCACGGACUCGGCAAAGGAAUUAAUCAGUCAGAUGCUUCAGGUAAACGUUGAAGCUCGGUGUACCGCAGGACAAAUCCUGAGUCACCCCUGGGUGUCAGAUGAUGCCUCCCAGGAGAAUAAUAUGCAAGCUGAAGUAACAGGUAAACUAAAACAGCACUUUAAUAAUGCGCUCCCCAAACAGAACAGCACCACCACCGGGGUCUCUGUUAUCAUGUUUGAUUUGACAGUUUGAGAGACACUUCAGAGUUUCACUCUUUACCCCGUUGAGACUGUGGGGACUCCUGAAGCAGAGUUCUGGUAUUCAACACCUUGUGCUUACUCAGAGCAACUUCUAAUUCCCAGCCCCUCUUAAAUCUGCAUGCUUGUCUCAGACUUCUGACACCAGCGUCCAGCUCUUAGCUUCUUGUCGGUGCAGGUCUGCUGUACCUACUGACAUCCUUUUCAGCCAGCCAAGCACGCCCUUGGAAAACUUGACCGUAAAACUUCAGCUUGCCAUGUUGCCUUCCCUCCCAGAUCUAAAGCUGGCGAGUGCACGGCAGGAGGACUCCGAGAGUUCUCCUACUAACGGCUGUUCCUGUUUGUCACGUAGGUGGAAAAGCAUAAGAUGGGUACCUCUGUGAAGGCUUUUGUGCUCUCUCUAACUACAUUUGCAAAGAUGCUUUUUUUCCCAGUAAGACAUUGUAGAGUCAGCUAGCCUUUGGGAUAAGAGAAGAGAAUUAUAUUGGACAAGGUUUGGGUCUAAGAUGGACCAAUGGUUUUGGAUUGCAUUUGCAUUUUCUGUGACUUGUCCUUGGCAUACUCGGAAAGGACGGUGCCUUUGUAGGGCGGGCUCAUUGUUUAUCCCAGUGGGCUCAUCCCAGCCUCAGGGACUAGAAGAGGCCAUCUUGUGGCAGAGAAGAGAAUUAUAAGAAACCUUGCUCACGCUGCAUCUCGUAGGUGACUUGAGAAAGGACGGAUUCAAAUGGACUGCUUUCCCUGCUUCGGUGGGGGGCUUAUGCUUCUUUCUGGGGGAAAUCGGGAAUGAUUUGGGCGUAAUUUAAGAUAGACAAAGCUGUUUCACUCGUGUUGCUUCCGUUUAAAGUAAGUCUAGUUUCUGUCCCUGCUUCUCUCCCCCCUUCUCCUGCCUCUCUCGCCGCCUGCAUUGCUCCCCUCUGACUAGGUCCAAGGCAAUGGUACGUACUAACUGCACUGCGACGCUUUGUCCUGCUGCACACAUUCAUGGUCUCUUGACAGGAAGAGAAAAGGAGAAGUAACCGGGGAAUUAGUUUCUUUUUCUACCCAGGGGAAAUUUUGUGGUAGAAAAAGGUGAAUGCUGCCUCUCUCCCUUUUCAGUGUUUUUGCUGAGGGUUGGCCCCCCUUGUACUAGGCGCGUGGAAGCUUGUUAAAGAGCCAUGCUAAGUUUCUGAUUUGGCUUUUCCACAAUUACCUCUUCUCCAGGGAAUUGAAAUUGUCCUUGGAAAUUACCAGAUUGUUCAGCUUGAGCUUGGAAGGGCCUGAGGAGCACACGUAUUUCACAGUUGGCACCCAGUGCCCUGAAGGCAGCCACACAAGUCUAUCUUAGAAAGCCCUGUUGUUUAUUCAUAUUUUCUCCAGACUUCUACUUUUCUUUUUUUUUAAUUCCGAGUUCUGAAAAAAUCGGUGGUGCAUUUUCCCCCAGGAUCAUUAGGUUGCAAAACGCCUUCUGGUCGUGGUGCCUUUUAGCUAAAGGUGCCUGAGAACUGAAAGCUCCCCCACUUUUGGAAAACUCAGUGAGAUGACAGCGGCUUGUUCCAUCGACAAGCAAGAAACGCUCAACCUGAGUCCAGGAGGAGAGUGUAGGUCUCACCUCCCAGUCUAGGAUCAGAGAGCAAAGCAGUUUCCUUCCCUUUGUGGCUGUUUCUGUGCUCCCUGAGGAGAUAAGCAGAUUAAAAACUUUGAGGGUGUGACAACAUUAAAAAACAAAACAAUGCACAGGCAGAGAAGAGCAGGUGAGAUGGUGGAGGAUCUAAAAAUGGGUAAUAUUGCACCAUCGGAUUCUCGGGCUUUUAUAGGUGAGGCAGCCACCAUGAGUUGUAAGGAGAUUUUUAUUUACAUGACAUAUAAAAAGUCAUGAAAAGUUAACUGUCAAAGCCCUAGCAUUCGCGUAGGCUUUGCUUGUUGUCCCAGGAGUCCUUGGGGCUCAAGAUCUGGGCACCAAGAGAGGCCCUCAGACCUCAGGCGCAGCUCAGAGCCGGGAGGGGAGGCCCCAGGCCGCCGCCCAGGGGCGCUGACCCCCCGCACUGGGAGCAGAGGCCGGCGGUGCCCGCGUGGGCCCCGAGCGGGCGUUUCUCAGGCUUCUGAUGGCAGAGCAGCUUGGGUUAUUUCUCCUCUUCUGUGUCCGAGUCCCGUGCAUGCUCCGUGGUGCGCUCUGCUCGUGGCACCCGCGCCCGAGCCCGCCCGGCUAACGCGUUGUCUCGCUCUCUCU